AUGUGCAAUUUGCGAUCCACAGUGCCUUCUAACACGAUUAUGAACGGAGAAAACUUUGAAUUUCGGGUGACAUUCCGCAAGUCACUGAUAAUGCGGUGGCGUAGAAGCAAGCCCAAAGCAACAAUAAUAUGCCAAAAACUGAAAAAUAUCUCAGAGGGUAUGAUAGAAAGCUGCACUGAAGUCACGAUUUAUGGAGACUAUGGAUUUGCUGACGUUUUGUUCGUCCCAACAACUACCUCUGUUUGGGAAGCGCAAAUGAGCCUUAUGAUUCAACUGAACUCAAAAAAUAAAAGGCGAUGCAAUUUCAAUGUGGCAGUUAAGCCGAUCACCAAAGAAUUUCGGGUGACAUUCCGCAAGUCAGAGAUAAUGUCGUGGCGUGGAAGCAAGCCAAAAACAACACUAAUAUGCCAAAAACUGAAAAAUAUCUCAGAAGGUCUGAUAGAAACCUGCACUGACGUCACGAUGCAUGGAGACUAUGGAUUUGCUGACAUUUUGUUCGUCCCAACAACUGCCUCAGUUUGGGAAGCGCAAAUGCGCCUUAUGAUCCAACUGAACUCAAGAAUUAUAACGCGAUGUAAUUUCAAUGUGGCAGUCAAGCCGAUCUCCAAAGGUUACUAA